UUGGGAUGUCAGUUUACAUUUCCACGCUCGAUUUUUUGUCUGGUAAUCAAAAUGGAACCGAUCUCAAUUUCGGGGGCUGGAUUAACCAGUCCUGCAUUUUUUCCUACAUUUGCUUGUCUAUUCGCUACCUUCAGAAACGGCAUUCGAUCCUAUGAAGGAUACAAAGUCUUUAGAGUAAAUGCCACCAACACGGCCACAUUCGAAGCCCUAAAAAAUGUGUACCAUCAAGAAGAGUUUGAUUUUUGGAGUCCACCGAGCAUGGUUUCUCCCACAGAUAUUCUAGUUCCUCCUCAACAAAUUUCUUCAAUUGGGGCAUUUUUUUCACUGGUUGGAGCCAAGUAUGAGAUUAUCAAUGAAAACGUUCAAUUUGAUGUCGAUUUUGAACAAUUAAAUUACAUCGUGAGACAGGAGCGUGCGAGCAUGUCAUGGAACGCUUACCAUCGUUUUGAAACCAUUCAAUCCUGGAUGGAGUCAAUGGCCCAACAGUAUCCUGCCUUGGUGACAAUUUUCACUGUGGGAAACAGUACAGAAAAUAGACCCUUAAAAGUAAUGAAGAUCUCGACUGGAGGAGCUGGGUCUCAGAAACCAGCAAUUUGGCUGGACGGUGGAAUCCAUGCUAGAGAAUGGGUUGCACCAGCCACAGUUUCUUUCAUUGCUAAUGAACUGAUUACGCAAACUGUUAGAAAACGCCAAACAAGAUAUAUUGAAGCAUUCGAUUGGUAUUUCGACCCAAUGAUGAAUCCCGAUGGAUAUGAAUACACGCAUCAAUUUGACAGACUUUGGCGAAAGACUCGAUCCGGAGGAAAGCCUAUUCUGGGAGGACUUUUCGGAUGCUGCAAGGGAACGGAUCCAAACAGGAAUUGGGAUCAUAAAUGGGGUGGCAAGGGUACAUCCAAAAAUCAGUGCUCACAGAUUUAUCAUGGGCCAAGCCCUGCGUCCGAACCGGAGGUGAAAGCCAUCCAAGAUUUCAUUUUGGACAGAAAGGAUCAAAUUAAACUAUUUUUAACUUUUCACAGUUAUUCUCAGCUUCUUUUAUUACCUUGGGGGUACGACAAUGUUCGAACGGACGAUCAUGAUGAACUUAUGAGAGUGGGGGACAAAGCACUUAAAGCUCUCGAAAAGGUUCACGGAACGAAAUAUGAGGGUGGUGCCACGCCAGAGCUAUUAUAUCCUGCUGCAGGUGGAAGCCAUGACUGGGCAAAAGCGGUUGCAAAUAUCAAAUUUGCAUAUUGCUACGAACUUAGGGACAAAGGUCGACAUGGAUUCACUCUUCCUGCCAACCAAAUCGUCCCCACGGGUGAGGAGACGUUUGCUGCAGUGAAAUCUAUGGCAGACGACAUGAUUGAUUUUUACAACAUUUCAAUUCCAACAACACCAUCUGAAGGAAAUCGCAUUUUUGAAACUUAUACGACUGAUUUUGAAAAAACUACUGAAAUAAUUAGUAAUCCAGCUGCUUAUGCGAAUAUUAGUAGUAGUUGUUCCAAGGAUGACCAAGAAAAUUGUCGGGUUCGAUUUGGAGAAAGCAAAUGUGACUGUCGGGCUUCCUCAGAUUUAUGCUUUCUUCCUAAUCAUCCUAAGGGUCAGUGCACCAAGUUUAGCGGAGGAGUAAAUUGUUGCGAACGCGAAUCAUGCAAUAAAUGUUGCUGUUGUAAAGAACCAGUUUGUGAAUGCAUGCAACUAAUUAGUUGUAAACGGCCAAACAAACCAUACGGUUUCUGUCCAGGCUCUUUCAACAUAAGGUGUUGUAACGCCCCACCUGAAACUCAAUGCACAUUAUAAAUUACUCAGUAAUAAUACUUAUUUACUUGGUUGAUAUUUUUA